AUGAGGUGCUUAUCUUGGAACUACCGGGGUCUCCGAAGACCCACGACAGAAAGGUCCCUCCGGGGACUUAUUCGAGAGAAUGAUGCGGAUUUCUUAUUUCUCUCGAAAACUAAGGUGAGCACGGAAUUUAUGGUUCAACUACUGAAUAGGUUGGGUUUUGUAAACUCCUGUUGUAUCCCUGCAGAGGGCACUGCAGGUGGUUUUUGUGUAGCUUGGCGAGUUGUGGUGCAAGUGGACAUCCUGGAGGUGUAUGAUAUGGGUUUUAAGGUGAAAAUAGAAGCUUCUCUUGACUACCCUCAAUGGGUGUUGUUCUGUAUUAAUGGUCCUGCAUAUGCUGUUUUGAAGAAAAAUUUCUGGGAUUGGUUGAUCCAAAUUGUUCAACAGUGCAAAGAUGCUUGGGCUAUAAUGGGAGACCUGAAUGUUAUCAUGGAUGAAAAUGAGAAAAUUAGGGGACGUAAGUACCAGUUACGGGAAGGGAAUAUUCUAAAGAACUUUAUGUUCAACUCAGGAGGUGUCGAUCUGGGUUUUGAAGGUGCCCCGUGCACUUGGCAAAAUGCAAGAUCCUUCUCUCAUCAUAUCCGUAAACGCCUGGACAGAGUUAUCGCGGAUGACCAAUGGUGUGUCUCCUUUCCCAGAGCCUCGGUAGUACAUCUGCCGAUUUAUGGAUCAGACCAUGCCCCAAUAUUACUAAAAGCUUGGGGAGAAUAUGAAAAACUCUUGUAUCCAUUUCGUUUCUUAGAAGUAUGGACUACGUCAUCAGAGUGUGGCAAUAUUAUCUCAAACGCUUGGCAAUCAGUAGCGUCAGGAAAUGAGGGCACUAUCCUAUGCAGCAAGCUGAAAUACACAAAGAAAGAAUUAAAAAAGUGGAAUGCCAUGAGAUUUGGCCACUGUGAAAAACGGCUGCAACAUCUUAAACGCGAUCUUGGAGUUAUCCAAGAAGCUACGGUAUCACAGGAAAACCUUGAAAAAGAAGCCACUAUCCAAUUAGAAAUUCUAAACUUGGAGGAGAAAAUUGAACGAAUAUGGAGGCAAAAAUCAAGGGAGUGCUGGCUGAAAUUUGGAGAUAACAACACGAAAUUCUUUCAUGCUUCAACGUUGAUCAGACGAAGACGAAAUCGUAUCAGUUGUAUCGAAGCUUCUCCGGGUUUAUGGCUAAAACAGCGACAGCAGAUUGGAGAUUACUUCCUCUCAAAUUUCAAAAAUCUGUAUCAGACUACAGACCCGAGCCUUGGUGAUGAGUUUGAGUCCUUAUUCAGACCAGGUUACUAUGGAGGAAAAUGA